AUGUCCGAUUCCCACGCUUCCGCGUCUUCCUUGGCGGCCCAUGCGCUUGGAGCGGGCCGCGCCGACUCGCAGAUUGACGACGAUAUUGCCGCCACGCAGCGAUCUAUACUCGAGGAGCUGCAUACAAUUAGCGAGGAAGCGCUCUCGGGCAACUCGGAUCACUUCCAUCACCUCCUCGACAACCUUGGCGAGCUUCAUUCACAAAGCUCAGUGAUCAAGAUGCAACAUGAACAAGCACAUUCGACCUCCAACCUUGCCGAAAUAUCCCAGAUCUUGAAGGGUCAAGUCAUGUCUCAAGACGGUGAAGGGCUGACGACGGUAGCAUCCCCUUCUGGAUCAAACGUAGCAACACUGCUCUCGACCAAACCGGUAGUCGAUGAAGUCAUCGCUUCACAGCAGGCAAUCACAGAAGUACCGAUAGCGACGUCGGUCAGAUCGAAGAUCGCAUCGGUGGCGGCGAACCAGACGACGUGGAAGCAGGGUGACGAUGAUGCAGAGACCAAUUCGAACGUCGAGGCUGCUGCGAUCGCUUCAGAGUUGCUGUCUCUACAGUCAAAUUUGCCAGUGGUGACACCGCACUCUGAGAGCCUUUCCGCUUCCCGACACCCUCUUGCCACUUCUUCAGAGCUGGUCGAGAUGGUCCCUAAUCAAGCGGACGGUUCCUUCGAGUUGGACCACGCCGAUCUCUUCGAUGGUAUCGAAGCAGAUGCAUUUGAUGACAUCGAACUCAGUCCACCCGUCCGCAGACACAUUCCACUGCCCUCUCUGGACCGAAGUGUCAGCGUUAUGCAAUCUCAGCCACCGGCGUCACCCACCAGAUUGCGCGACCACAAUCACCCCGACUCAUUGGAAGGGACAACGUCCGACCCGUAUGCAGAGGACGCCGCAGAGUACGCACCGACACCCCAAUUGCCGCCAGGCAGUCAAAUGACAUCAUUCUUGGAUCCCUGCUUCGCCGGUUUCAAGACAGGUCACAACAAGCAAGUCAAGCUCAGCGACAAAGCACUGCAAAGAGCGCGCAGACUCAUGCUUGAGCUCGACGAGUCCACUGAUCUGCUUCCGCCUCCUCAAGCAUCCCAAUCCUCAUCGCAGAGACUCGCAGCUGGAGCGGGAAUGCUUUCACAGGUGUCGCAGCACCACGUCAACGGCGGAGACACACAGGCUCGCGUUCCCAUGCAGGAAAUUGUGCCAAGCCAGAGCAAUGAUUCUGCAAAUGGAGGUGGAAGGCAACCUUCGUGUGCUGUCAACAAGGUCUCGGAGCCUCAAGCAGUGACACUGGUGCCCGCAGCGCCAGCGACGCAACUUGCCCCAGCACGCAAGAUCGAGCCUCAUCCGUUUGCCACCCCUAAUCCAUCUGGGAACGGUCUGCUGCCAAGCAGCCACACCUUGGCAAGUCCGAUGCGGACACCAGCUGCUGCAUCCGGCUCACGCUUUACAACGCCGCAGCCGAGUAAGCGUAUUUCGCUGGGCAUGAUGCCUAGAGGUGAGCUCGGAGGAAGCAGCACAGGCAAAAAGAGGUCGCUACCAAGGUUCGUAACACCUUUCAAGGGUGGCAAACGGCCCCGUGCAGAGGAUUCGCCCGACCCUGCCUCACCCCUGCGUAUACCAAACGUUGCGAUCACUUCUAAUAUCGCAGCUUCCCCACUCCAGACCCGAGUGUAUCCAUCCUCGAGCAAGGCGCAUACAAAAGUCUCACAGGGCCCUGCGGUAUUUCGAAUGAAGUCGGACGUUGCACGAAACAAGCUGGCAGCCAUUGGAAGGCCAGAACACUACUCGAGCUUGCAGAUGGUUGCCAGAGGCGUGCCGGACGAAGUAUUGAUCAUCCUCAACGACGCUUCGCAAGCCGCCCGUUACGCAUUUGAACUUCCAGAUAGAGGCUUGCUGAUGCAGCAGCAGGCGCUCGAAGAGCUGCACGCGAAAGGCUGUUCAAAUGCAGACAUGGCCUGGGUCCAGAAUCACUGGACGCUCAUCCUGUGGAAGCUGGCAGCGAUGGUACGGCUCGAGCCGAGCAGCGCGUCGGAGCGGUGGAGCUGGAACGAGCUGAUCCGUCAGCUUCUGUACCGCUACGAACGGGAGGUGCACAUGGCGCAGCGCUCCUGUCUGAAACGGAUACAGGAGCGCGAUUCUUCGGCGGCAAGACCGAUGGUGCUCGUGGUCUCAAAAAUUCUUGAGGAAGACACCGAGGUCCAGGCCCCCUCUGGAGAGGUCUCGAUGCGGAAGAGCACCAUCUUGGAGCUCUCGGAUGGAUGGUAUCGCAUUCAAGCCCAGAUCGAUCCGGUCCUGACAAACGCAUGUAACCGCGGUCGCCUUCGCAUAGGCCACAAGCUCGCCAUCACAGGUGCCACCCUCGAUGCACAAGGCGAGGGCAAAGAAGUGCUAAGCGCCUAUCACAUGUCGAGCCUGGUGCUCGCCGCAAAUUCGGUCUCGUUGGCACGGUGGGAUGCAAAGCUAGGCUUUGCACCCUCGCCGUUCUGCGCAAGCCUGCGAAGCUUGACGUCAGAAGGAGGGUUGAUCUCGCUCAUGGACGUGGUCAUCACCCGAGUCUACCCACUCGCCUAUGUCGACGUCGACAAGUCGAACCAAAAUGCCGAGCGUGGGGAGCAGGAAGAAGCCGAAGAACGCGAAGCUUGGCUCAAGAGACGUGAAAGUGCCAUGCAAGAGCUCGAGCUGAAGUGGGAGGCGGAGAACCGACGGCUGUACGAUCUCGUCGAAGCACUGAGCGAUCUUGCAGGCGAAUCGUUCUUGCCUUCCAUCCCGGACGAUCCGACCGGUCGGCUCGAGUCGUUGGCCAACCAGGUAUUCGACCAACUCAGGGCCGAACGGAACCCUGCCUCAGCAGUCAGAGAAAAAGUGGUGGUCGCGGGGCACAUCAGUCUCGUUCCGUGGUUGCACAGCUUUGCCAAGAACGCAGUACUGGCAGAAGACGGGAUGGGCGGGGGAUCUCGAUUAGGGGCGGAGCUAGACAGGAUCUGCCCGCCACGCAAGGUGCGCGACUUUCGUAUCGUCAAGUUCAGAGACGCUCGUCUUCCACCACCUCCGCCGCCUGCUUCCUUCUCUGCUGCAGCACAGCAAGCGAGUGUCAACGGUUCGGCGACCAAGAAAAAGAACCCGUAUGCAAGGACGGUGCAGCUCACGGUGAGGGACGCAGCUCGCUUGGGCGACGAAUUGCGCGAAGGCAGACGGUUUUUGGUGACCAACUUAGUGCCGAUGUCGAAGUCUGCUUGGAGGAAACCAGAUGACGAGGCCGAGGUUUACCUCACCACGAGAAGAGAUACCAAGUGGCGUCCCGUUGGCUAG